CUCAAGUUGUGUUCCUGCUGCACAAGAGCGUCUGUACUUCUGCUUGUGAUGGUCAGCGGCUGAUUGUUUUCUCAAAGCUCUGCUAAUGUCUGCAUUGGUGUUUUAGCUGCAGUAUGGCAGAGGAGCGAGUAAAGGACUCUCUCUCAGAGAAACACAGUGUGAGAUCAGGAUCAUGUGUGUCCAGCUCUGUGUCUCUGAAGAGUGACUGGUCUAAAGGUGGUUAUCUACCAAAGUUCAGAGAGAAAACACCAUCAUCUGCUCAAAGGGUGAGAUCAGGAUCAUGUGUGUCCAGCUCUGUGUCUCUGAAGAGUGACCAGUCUAAAGAGUUGAAUCCAUCGAAGUUCAGAGAGAGAACACCAUCAUCUGCCCAAAGUGUUGAAUAUGAGUUAUCAGAUUCAGGAAACGAGACUCACAGGAGGCACAAGAGCUUCACAGACAAUCUCCAGUGGAUCUUCCAGAAUCUUGAGAGCAAAAUGAUCAGAUUUCUGAAGAAUGAACUGGAGAAAUUUAAGAAAAUCUUACAUGAAGAAAACAGUCAAGAGUUUGUAAAGGACUUUAAUGAGAACAGAAGCAGAAUCACAGAAGCAGCUCUUGAUCUCACACUUUUCUUCCUGAGAGAGAUGAAGCAAGAUCAAGUUGCUGAUACUCUCGAGGGCGAGCUGUUCUUAAUCAAUCAGCUUAAAUGUAGCCUGAAGAAGAAAUAUCAAAGUGUGUUUGAAGGAAUUGCUCAGCAAGGAGACUCCAUACUUCUGAAUAACAUCUACACAGAUCUCUAUAUCACUCAGGGUGAGAGUGAACAGGUCAACACUGAACAUGAGAUCAGACAGGUUGAAGCUGCUUCCAGACGUCAUCAGUCACUAGAGAUACAGGUUGAAUGCAAACAUUUGUUUGAAGCACCUGAACAAGACGAGCAGAUCAGAACUGUCCUGACAAAAGGAGUUGCUGGCAUCGGGAAAUCAGUCUCUGUGCAAAAGUUUGUUCUGGAUUGGGCUGAAGGAAAAGAAAAUCAAGACAUCAGCUUCAUAUUUCCUCUUCCAUUUAGAGAGAUGAACUUAAUGGAGAAGAAAAAACAAAGUUUAAAAGACCUCAUAACUCAGUUUUUCCCAGAGACUAAAGGACUGAACCUUACAAGAAGCACACGAUUCAAAGUCCUUUUCAUCCUUGAUGGAUUGGAUGAAUGUCGUCUUCCUCUGAACUUUGCUGGUAAUGAGACGUGUCGUGAUGUAUCUUCAGCAGUCUCUCUGGAUGUUCUCCUGACGAACCUCAUCAAGGGAAAUCUGCUUCCUUCUGCUCUCAUCUGGAUAACCAGCAGACCAGCAGCUGCCAGUAAGAUUCCUGCUGACUGUAUCGACCGGUUGACAGAGAUACGAGGAUUCAGUGAUGCCCAAAAGGAUGAGUACUUCAGAAAGAGACUCACAGAUCAGAAUCAGGCCAGAGAAAUCAUUGAUCACAUUAAACAGUCAAAGAGCCUCUUUAUUAUGUGCCACAUCCCAGUCUUCUGCUGGAUUUCAGCCACUGUUCUCCAGAAUAUUUUGAAGGAGAACAGAAAUACUGAACUGAAACACAGGGCUAAUUCUGAAACACUGCAGGAAUCUCCCAAGACUCUGACACAGAUGUACACACACUUUCUCCGCUUUCAGAUCCAGCAGAGCAGAAGAAAGUAUGAUGAAGAAAACACACCAGAUGUCUCCUGGGAUCCAAACGUCAUCCUUUCACUGGGGAAACUGGCCUUCCAGCAGCUGGAAAGAAACAAUGUGAUCUUCUAUGAGAGCGAUCUGAAAGACUGUGACAUUGACGAUAAGGCAUCGGUGUACUCAGGCAUGUGUACCCAGAUCUUUAAGGAGGAGACAGGAAUCAUUCUUGGUACCAUGUACUGCUUUCUUCACUUGAGCAUUCAGGAGUUCAUUGCAGCCCUUUAUCAGCAUCUGUUUCUAGACAUCAACAAGAAGCAUGGAUGUUUUUUUAUACACAUAAGCAAAACUAAAUGUAUGAUUGAUUUGCUGAAGACUGCAGUGGACAAGGCUCUGGAAAGUGAGAAUGGACAUCUGGACCUUUACCUUCGCUUCCUUCUCGGUCUGUCACUCCAGUCCAAUCGACAACUCUUACGCGGCCUAUUGACACAGGAGGAUGACAGUGACCAGAGCAAAGAGGAAAUAAUUGCAUACAUCAAGAAGAAACUUAAAGGCAAUCUGUCUCCAGAGAGAUCCAUCAAUCUGUUUUACUGUCUGAAUGAACUGAAUGAUCAAACUCUGCUGAAACAGAUUCAGUCUCACCUUAGUAGAGGAAGUCUGUCGUCUGCUUGCCUUUCACCUGCACAGUGGUCUGCUGUGGUCUUUGUGUUGUUGACCUCAGAGGAGGAGCUGGAGGAGUUUGAGCUUCAGAAAUUCCAGAGAUCAGACGAGUGUCUCAUCAGACUAUCAGCAGUCAUCAAAUCCUCCAAAAGAGCUCAGCUACAGGGCUGUUAUCUCACUGUUCAGUGCUGUGAGAGUUUGUCUUCAGCUCUACAAUCCUCAAACUGUGUCCUGAGAGAGCUGGACCUGAGUAACAAUGACCUGCAGGAUUCAGGAGUGAAGCUUCUCUCUGAUGGACUAAAGAGUCAACACUGUAAACUGGAGACACUGAGAUUGUCUGGCUGUAUGGUGACAGAGGAAGGCUGUGGUUUUCUGUCUUCAGCUCUGACUUCAAACCCUUCACACCUGAGAGAGCUGGAUCUGAGCUACAAUCAUCCAGGAGAUUCAGGAGUCAAGCUGCUCUCUGAACAACUGGAAGAUCCAAACUACACACUGGACAAACUCAAUCUGGAUCAUGGAGGAGACGCGAGGAUUACAGCAGGACCAUGCAAAUAUGUCUGUUUCCUCACACUGGAUCCAAACACAGCACACACUCGUCUCAUUCUGUCUGAGGAGAACAGAGAGGUGGAGUGUGUGUGGAAGAAUCAGCCGUAUCCUGAUCAUCCAGACAGAUUUGAUUAUCAUCCUCAGGUGUUGUGCAGAGAGAGUGUGUGUGGACGCUGUUACUGGGAGACUGACUGGAGUGAAGAUGGUGCUGUGGAUAUAUCAGUGUCAUAUAAGAGCACUAGGAGGAAGGGACGAGGUGUUGAGUGUGUGUUUGGAUAUAAUGCUCAGUCCUGGAGUUUGAGCUGCUUUUCCUCCAGUUUCUCAUUCAGACACAAUAACACACACACUUGUCUCCCAGUGAAGCCGCUCAGCAGGAGAAUAGGAGUGUUUGUGGAUCACAGUGCAGGAACUCUGAUCUUCUACAACAUCUAUAGAGACACAAUGAGCCUCAUCCACUCAGUCCAGACCACAUUCACUGAGCCGCUCUGGCCUGGGUUUGGGCUUUAUUAUUCUGGAUCAUCAGUGAAACUGAGCUGAAGACUGACGAGAGAUUUACCCACAAUCCUCUGCAGGAGCAGUCAGUGUGUGUGUGUGUGUGUGUGUAUGAGAGAGAGACUGUGUGUGUGUGUGUGCGUGUGCGUGUGCGUGUGUGUGUGUGUGUAUAUGUUAGAUACAUCUUAAUACAACACCUGUGUCAUACAACACACAUGGUCACCAUAUUGUUGUCGGUUGUAUCUCUGGAUCUCUUCAAGCAAGCGUUUCUGUUCUUGAGCAGUCUUUUGACUAAUCAUCUGACCUCUUUUGUUCAGAUCUGUAAUAUGAGAAAAAAGCAAUGAUAUUACAAAAGUGUUGCAUGGAAUUUAACAAGAUGAAUCAGUGUAACACCAAUCUGCAUCAUUUACUAAUACGUACAUUCUACCUUUAAAUGGUAGUGUUUUUUUUCUGACAAAUGCUCACAAAGAGUGAUUCGAUGGACAGCUGCAAGCCAAGAGCAGCAACAGGACUGGCUGCAGCAUUUCCUAAAGUAAAGUAAAGGUUAAAAAAGCACUCAAGUUCUGUUUAUUGCACACAGUGCAGCAACAACAGACAAACUUCAGGACAAUAAAGGACCGGACAACAAAAGACAUACUAAUAUGAAUAUAUCGUGUAUCAACUUCCUUCAUGAUAAAUUUUCUGGAGCAGUGAAAUUAAUUCAUUUAUUCUGCAUAGUAGUUUACUAUUAUCUUUCGUGUCUUAUAUUGUAUCAUUUGCAUAAUUGUAUAGUAUAUCUGUGUUACUUCCAGCCACCUUCCUCUUUCUUUUCCCAUUCCAGUGUGGAGUGCUUCCGCUUUACCAGUUUAUUUGUUUUCCAUAUAG